UGCCAGAUCCGGAAUGAACCCACGUGACGGCGUACCUUUGAUCGGUGCCCUUGGUAUUUUCGGAUGUCUAUAUAUCGUUAUAGGGUUUGCAUUGCAAUUCAGAUUUGGGGUUCUUCAUUAAUUUUUCUAUAGAUAAAAACCCUUGCUCACCUACACACCCAUUUUUCUUUCUAGUCUUGGUUGGAGAUGGCAUGCGAUAUCUUCUUGGUGGGAUCUUCGUCGUCGUCGUCGUCGUCGUCGUCGGCGCAGUUGCUUUCUCCUAACCUUCCACCGAAAGAAGCAGAAGAAGAGGAGAAACAGAACUUGGUAUGUAUUAUUAUUGCUGUAGCCGAUGCUUAUCGUUACGGUAAAUUCGAUUGGUACGCAUUCGAUGUCUCCGACGACCCUAACCACAACCAACCGCGUCCCUCCGGUCUCGACCUUCCUCUCCCGCCUGCUCUAUCUCCCCUGUACACCAGACUCCCCGACCACCUCCUCCCUUUUCACCACGACGACGUUUACGGACCCGUCGAUCAAAUUAAACCCAUCGCCACUAGAUGCACCGAUAUUGGACGAGGCUGGGCGAUUUUUGGCACUGAAAACAACAACAAGCAGCAGCUUGAUACGAUGUUAUUCCGAAUUCGCAAAGAGGAAUUGGGAAAUUCUGUGGAAUGUAUCAACCUUGGUAGUUGUAGUGGUGAUGGUGCCGGGAUUAACGGAACAGAAUGGAAGAGAGUUACCGAUUUACCUGCUCCUGUAAGUCGAUCCCCCACCUGCCUAGUUCUCCGCGGCAAGCUUUAUUGCCUGAGUGGUUUUACCCAACUCGCAAGGAAAUACGCGGGGGUAAAAAAGCCAUGGAUUAUGGCCUACGACCCUAGUGUCAAAAAAUGGGAGCCUCUACCCGACCCUCCACAUCUUCCCAGGUAUCAUCCUAUGUUCACAGCAGCUAUAGAUGGCGGCGGCCAAUGGGGUCCGUGCAUUGUGGUACCUUGUGAUCGUCUCCUUCAAAUCUACCGUGUCGAUAAGAAAUGCUGGGAUCUGAAACGGUUUGAUUGGGACCCCAUCUUUGGAUUCCCUCUAGGCGAGUUUGUGUCCGCGAAUAGUAAUGCAGGAAUAGCUGUGGCUGUCGAGACCAAGUUGUAUUGGUACAUGGCAUAUGAGCAGUGCCUAGUUGGAUAUGAUUUAGAGACGGAGCAGUGGUUCCAGGGCCAUUUACCUAUGCAUAACCACGGAGCCUAUUUACCAGGGCCGCUUGAUUCGUUCUGUGACCGUCACUCUCCUCCGAGUUUGGCUCAUCUAGGUUGCGACGGAGUAGCCAACAAGUUCUGCUUGUCUUGGGUUUCACAUUUGCCGCCGUGCCCGAAAACUGAAGAGGAAAUAGAAGAAGAAGAUGACUGCUUGAAAGAAGAAGAUGACGAUGACUGUAUUUCUCGCCUUCACUGCCUGAAAGUCCGGGUUGUAACUGGGGACAACGCCACCCCGCAGACAGGAAUUUUCCACCUGGAGGUCUCCAUAAUAUCCUGCCAAUCUUACUCAGUAGAUGGGACCAAGCUUUUCCGUGGUGCCAUGUUGGAUGGUAAUUUGGGAUACAAGUCCUCUGAAACCUCACCGCCGUCUAUGACACGCCCUAAGAAGAAGCAAAGAAAUUUGGGAGAGGGUGCAACUUGGACUAAAUAGUAUUGAUACUGAGGUAUGUACUACCCCCACCGUCUCACAAUUUUGGUCCCUUUUGGAAAUCCUAACUUUUGAAGUGGAUAUACUUUUACUGCAUUCCAAUUCAAAUCAAAAGGUACUUUUUCAGAAAUUUGCCCUUUAGUCCUUCUUUAUAAACUGUUCAUACCCAUUUGUGAAUAACAUUUUUGGAAAACCACAAAGAUUUUGGCUUUGACCUUUUAAAGUGGACAUGUAAUAUGGGACAUUCAUUUUGGAAAGAUGGAGUAAAAAAUUGGAUGGAGGGAGUAAAUUUUUUAAACAUAAAUUACAAAUAGAGUGGGAAAUAAUCAACUUUUUUGGACUAUUUUGUUUUCUUUGAGAGUUGUGAUACGUGAUUCAUAAAUCAAAUCUGUUAGUUGAUAGUUAUGUGGAUUUUGUCAUGUUUAAUGCCAGUGCUUGACGAAGAUUUUGUUAUGUUCAGCAUCACUAUGUUCUACAACAUUUUGAUCUGUUAAUACUUAAUAAUCACGUUCUAUUUGGCCUCUUUCACAACUACCAGUGAUUUGGUUAUGAUAAUCCACUUAUGUGCUAGUACAAAUUGUCUAUGUUAAACUUUGUUGAGCUCUUGGCUUCUUUUUAAAAAAAUCUUUGUGUUAAGGAGUAUUUUAUAUCUUACUCAUUUUCAGGAGGUGAAGGAUCUUUGAGUUUCUAAAAGUUUCAAAAUGUAGAACUUAUGGUGGUCGUUGAAUUAGUUCGGAUAGGUUUGCAAGUGUUUCCUUGUCUACUAAGUUCAUCAUAGAUGGAUGUGGAUUUGGCAACUGAAUUUUCAUCGCCAGAGCAUCAGGAUGAUGAUUUUACUAGUUUUGUCUCUCACACUAGGCGAUGACUCUCUUCCACCACCUCUUCAACUUGCUUUACGAAGAUGCAGUUAGUACUAAAGGCCAUUUUGGACUGACUUUGUUAGAAACAACCGGCUACCCCAUAUUUCACGCUUCUGCGCAUCUGUUAGUCUUAGCUAGCUUUUGCUUACUGAGGUUGUAUUGCAUUGUCGUUAAGGGUUGAAGUUUGAUUACAAAGGUUUUAUGGAGUUGUGCUUGCAUCAUUUUUAACUUCUGAAGACCGCUAAAGAUGUAUGCAAUUUUGUUCAUAUUUUU